CGUAGAGAGGAGGGUAAGUCGCCCCAUUGAUUCGCUGGCUGGAUUCCGCGAUGACAUCUGUAGCCUCCCUUCCACUUCUCUCGCUCUCCUAGUGCUGCUGAGAGCAAGUAUCGGGGUGCCCAGUAGGCGGAGAGGGAGGGAAAGAGGCAGGUUGGCGAGUUGACAGUGCCAGGGAAUCCAGGAGUUCACGGACCUACUCAGCCUGGCUUUCGGCUUCCUGUCACCAGAUCCCCUGCAAAUGCCUGGGCUUCAGUCAGCAGUCUGGGAUUCAGGCAGAUUCUGCUAAGGAGGGUUGGGAGGAGGGAGAGAGGGGAGUUCGAGUGGAUUUUCAGAUCAGUCAUUCCCUCUGAUGCUCGAGAAGAGCGAAGAUGGACAACUCAUCCUCUAGUUGGAGACGCUUGCGUGCAUUUCCCUCCUUACUAAACUAAUCUGGGCAGUAGACUUUGGGACAGCACUAUUUGUCCAGCCACUUCUUCCUCUUCCACCCCCCCCGCCCCCCAUCCCCUUUCGUACUACUCUCUAAGACAAAAACAAACUCCCUUCUUUCCAGGAAAGUAUUUUGGCGAGCUAUUGAUUUCUCCAUAAUUUCUGAUUAGCCUACCAACUGAUCAUAUUUACUCCUUCGUUGUAUAUUAAUGGAGAUCGAUAGACUUCAAUGAUUUCCUCAGUAAAUCCAUUCAUUUCUGAGCCAAUAGAUAAUUCCCUCGUCAUAGUUUUGGGGGGGAGGUUGUUUUUUUGUUUGUUUGUUUUGUUUUUCUCCUGAGUGGGGGAAAAGUGACUGUGCGUUUGUUCUGCAGAUUGCCAGCUCCCUCUGAGGGGUGUGUAUUGGUGCUGAGGCUGCAACAAAAGUUUCUAGCCACUCGUCUCAGUCUUGGGGGUUAAUCGCAGAGGAGAGGAAAGGACAUUGGCUUGGCUCACCAGGAACCGCUAGGAAUCCUGCACUUUCCUCCAGCCAUCUAUACUGGCGUUUUUAUCAUUUGCCAUGAAGAGGAAACAGAAGCGGUUUCUGCAAAUGACUUUAUUAUUUAUGGUGGCUUUAAUUUUUCUGCCCAAUAUUGGUCUCUGGUCUCUGUAUAAGGAUAAGCAUCUGAUGAAAUCCACGGAACCUGGAGAGCAGCAGACAUUUCCACUGAGCCUAGGAGAUGGGCAGCUUGAUACCUGGACAGAUGGUUUGAAAAGAAAAGAUUGGCAUGACUACGGAAGCAUUCACAAAGAUGCUCUGCGUUCAGGUAAGGGUGAACAUGGGAAACCUUAUCCUCUCACUGAAGAAGACCGUGAUGAUUCAGCUUACAGAGAAAAUGGCUUCAAUAUUUUUGUGAGCAACAACAUUGCCUUGGAGAGAUCACUGCCAGAUAUUCGCCAUGCUAACUGUAAACACAAGAUGUACCUGGAAAAGCUGCCAAAUACUAGCAUCAUUAUUCCUUUUCAUAAUGAAGGUUGGACUUCUCUUCUGCGCACUAUACACAGUAUAAUUAACCGGACUCCAGACAGUCUGAUUGCUGAAAUCAUUUUAGUGGAUGACUUCAGUGAUAGAGAGCACCUGAAAGAUAAAUUGGAAGAAUACAUGGCCCGGUUUUCCAAAGUGAGAAUUGUUCGAACCAAAAAACGGGAAGGACUCAUCCGAACUCGACUCUUGGGUGCAUCUAUGGCAAAAGGAGAAGUCUUAACUUUCCUGGAUUCUCACUGUGAGGUCAAUGUGAACUGGCUGCCUCCUUUGCUUAACCAAAUUGCUCUAAAUCGUAAAACCAUUGUGUGUCCUAUGAUCGAUGUCAUUGACCACAAUCACUUUGGGUAUGAAGCCCAGGCGGGGGAUGCCAUGAGAGGAGCCUUCGACUGGGAAAUGUACUACAAAAGAAUCCCCAUUCCUCCAGAACUUCAGAGGGCAGAUCCCAGUGACCCUUUUGAGUCUCCUGUUAUGGCUGGAGGGCUCUUUGCUGUUGACCGAAAGUGGUUUUGGGAAUUGGGUGGCUAUGAUCCAGGCUUAGAAAUCUGGGGAGGAGAACAGUAUGAAAUAUCUUUCAAGGUUUGGAUGUGUGGAGGAGGAAUGUUUGACGUUCCAUGUUCUAGAGUUGGUCAUAUCUACAGGAAGUACGUCCCUUAUAAAGUUCCAUCUGGGACCAGCUUGGCAAGAAACCUAAAACGUGUGGCAGAGACCUGGAUGGAUGAAUUUGCGGAGUACAUUUACCAGCGACGACCUGAGUACAGACAUCUUUCCACUGGUGACAUCUCUGCCCAGAAGGAGCUCCGGAAACACCUCAAGUGCAAGGACUUCAAGUGGUUCAUGGCGGCCGUGGCCUGGGAUGUCCCCAAGUACUACCCCCCAGUGGAGCCUCCACCAGCUGCCUGGGGGGAGAUUCGCAAUGUGGCUGCCAACCUCUGUGUAGACAGCAAACAUGGUGCCACAGGGACGGAGCUGAGGCUGGAUAUCUGUGUAAAGGAUGGCUCUGAAAGGACAUGGUCCCAUGAACAGCUGUUCACCUUUGGCUGGCGGGAAGAUGUGCGUCCCGGAGAACCACUCCACACCAGAAAGUUUUGCUUUGAUGCCAUUUCCCACAGUAGCCCUGUGACCCUCUAUGACUGUCAUGGCAUGAAGGGGAACCAGCACUGGGGCUAUCGGAAGGACAAAACUUUAUUCCAUCCAGUGAGCAACAGCUGCAUUGACUGCAACCCAUCAGAGAAAAAGAUUUUCAUGAACAGAUGUGACCCUCUCUCGGAGACUCAGCAGUGGAUUUUUGAACACAUUAACAUGACUAUUUUAGAAAAAGUGAACAGCAACAUCAGCUCCUAGAAAGAAAGGAGGACAAAAGGGACAAUGACAUGCAGAUUGCAAAUGAAAUUUCGGCCAGCGGCAUCUGGGUCGAAGGAGUCAGGAAUUAAAUUUCCUAGAUCCAGGAAGCCUGUUUAAAGGAUUAAGGAGAUGCCAUGGCAGAGCCCAGUAAGCUGCCACCAUGGACUUCCUGCAUCUGAACAACUUGGCUGAGAACCUCACCAGCUGCUUCGGAGAACUACAGACUGGCAUUUCCCUUGCUGGUCAAGGGCAAACUUUAUUAAGGACUUUUCAAAACAACUUCUGAGUUAAUAAAGUGAAACAAAAUCCUAGCAUUUCUCAGGUCAAAUCCUGCAGUAGUGAGUAGCUAUGAAUGGAUGCUAUUAAUUGGGGGCGGGGUGGGUGAGGGAGGGGGAAAAAAAUGAGUGCAUGACUGCUAUGGAAAACCUGAAGCUAUCACAGGUUUAGAACUAGCCCCACUUCAGGGACCGUAGGCUAUCCCCACAAGUGGACAAACUAUACUUUUGGUGCCAUUCUCUUAAUAAAAAUGGGUUAAGCAGGUUUAACCCUUAGACUGCUGCAGCUGACUUUAGAGUACUGCUAUCUGUUUGUUGCUAAAAUGGCAGGGGAGGGCAGUGUUCAAGGACAUAGAAUUUGGACUUUUUAUGUCCAUUUUUUCAGGAACUAUCAUUCCAUUGGUGUGCAGACUCCAUCUUCCCAACACAGCUCAGAAGUCCCCUAUAACUGAAUGAAAGGUGAAUAGUACAGUGGCUAUGACCAAAAAAAAAAAAAAAAUUUUGAUCUUCCUGAAACCAACCUAAUGAUGAGCCUCUUCUAAAUUUAGCUAGACUAAUUGAUCCUGUAUAGCAGACAUGUAGUCCAUACAAUACAUAUUGUUGAAGUAAUUAAUUUUAGAACUUCUUAAAAUAUUAAUCUAAUAUCUAGAAGGGACUUCAGAGACCAUCUAGGCUAAUUCCCUCAUUUCAUUUUACUUUUUGAGACUUUCUACAUGGGCCCAAUCCCAAUCCUACUUGGAAGAGAAGUUUUAAUCUGCUCUGUUUUUGGAGACUAGCAGUCCUCCCCUCCCAGGGACCCACCAUAUUGGUGCCAGAAGCAAUAUGGACAUGUGAUUCAUUUACUUUAGCUAAAAACUCCCAAACUCAAGCCUCAGUCUUUCCAGCAUUAAGAACGGGUUGCACACAACACCCCACCCAGCCCACUAAUUUUACAAUUGAGGAAAUGAAGUCCAUUCUCUUGUCAUUUUUAAUCUUUAGAGAAACUAGAAUCUGUCAUGAAGUUAUAUAUCACUUAACUUAGCUAACUUUCAAAUUCAUCAUGAUCAAAUACGAGGCCAGAGAGAAAUGUCACAGGAGAUGCAAAACAAUAUGGCACUUUGGAGAAGGAUUUCCUCAGGAAGUCUAUAUUUACCAUUCCAUUCCCUUUAGAGACUUGAAUUGUUUGAUUCUUAUUCAAUCAUAACAUUUACUAAGGCAGGAAAUGGAGUAAGAUUGAUAUGGUAUAAUUUCUUUAGUAUCCAUGAGGAGAUGCUUAAACUGGAAUAAGGCCUGGCUCCUGGUCAUUAACUAAAAUGACUAGGUUCCCAAAAGUUCAGUUUGCACAGUACUGGGAGCUUAGUAGAAGAAUUAUUUUGUUUGUGUUUGUUACAUUUGGGACUACGUAGUGGAAAUUUCUAUUAAUAACAGAAUUCUGACACUACCUUCUGCUAAUGGCAUAGUAUUUCAAAGAGGAGGUCAUUUUUGUUGGCACUAGGGAAAAACAAACAUUAAAGUACCUUUUCACAUGACAGAA